UAUUAUAAUUAUAGAAACAUUGCAUAAAUAUAACCUAUUAAUGUAACUUUCUGUAUGUUUCUAUAUUUAUUAGCAUUUGUUCAUUGUAAAUAUGUCGAAAAAGUCUAAAAAAGAUAAGCAAAAGAAAUCAAAGAAAUAUUCAAAAUAUAAGUCUAAAGAAAGGCAUAACCCUUCAAAUUCAAAGGAAGCAAGUAACAGUAAUUCAGUGAAACAUCAUAAAAGGAAAAAGAAACACACGAAAGAACAUAAAACUGAUAUAAAAAAUAAAAAUGAUCAUAACACAAAUGUAAAAGGUGAGGAAAUGGAUGUUCCGUUAGCGUUAAUGGAUAAACCUGCUAAUGAUAUGACUCCCAUGACCAAGGAACAAUGGGAAAAACGACAGAGUAUUGUAAGAAGGGUUUAUGAUGAAGCAAGUGGAAGACAUAGACUGAUCAAGGGGGAUGGAGAAGUUGUAGAAGAAAUUGUAAGUCGGGAAAGGCAUUUGGCAAUAAACAAAACAGCUACCAAGGGCGAUCAAGAGUAUUUUCAAGCAAAGGUGCUUUCCAAUUUAAAGUAAAAUAUUCAUACUAGAGGUAGGUAUACAAUAGAAUUCUCCUCUUGUACACAUGCAAACUUAAUAUUAAGCUAUAUUAAAGUAGUUAUAAAAUUUAUUGUAUUUCAAUAAAGUACUAAUAAAGA